GAACAAAUGUUAAGGAAAGGAUACAUCCUUUUAUAUGGAUUUUUAUGUUUCUGAUGAUUUCCUUAUGGUAGUUUUCCAGCAUAAAUAGCAUAACCAUUUUUACAAAUCUUGCUGCAUCUUGCCUGAUGACUUUUCAUGAAGUUUGUUACAGUUUAUGCUCUCAAUGUACAACUUAACAGCACAGUAUGAAAGUUCCUGUGAAAUCCUCCCCUCAUUGAGGUACCUGUAUGUAGGAUAGACCUUAGGAAGGGGUAGCUGGGUGUGACUGGAAGCUCUCAAUGGUGAACCUGCACCCUACACUCGCUUUUGCCCUGCUUUACGUUUUGUGAUGAAAACUGUGAAUAUGUUUUAAGGUAAUGUGGUACUAUGGCUUUACAGACUAUUUUUUUUUAAGUGUUUCUGUGUUUCUAUGCCAGAGACACUAACAGCUUCUGGCAUUGUGUGGGAAUAUUUUCUAGCUGGGAAAAAACAUGAGGAAUUUCAAUAUCAGGCCUAAAACCUUAUACAUGGUUUCCAGGACCUAACACACAGAGCCAGGGGAAAGGGCCCAAAUCUGGAAUCAGCUUGGGUUUGAAUUCUGGUUGAUCACCGCUGUGUGAUCUCAGACAUCUUGUCAGACUUGAAUCUCAGUUUUCUUACCUUUAAAAUAUGGAUAUGAAUAUAUCUCCUUGCAGAAUUUUCUGAAAAUAAGGGAAGAUAAUGUUUGUGUAGUGGUGUUUGGUAAAUGGUACCUUUUAUAAUAAUGUUUCAUUAAGUGACAUGGUUCCUGUGUUUGUGUCAGUAGGUUUUCAGAUUGGACUUGUGAGCCCUAGGGGCAGAUAUGCUCCAUGUUUUCACUCUGAGUUUGUCUCAGUUUAGAAUUAUAUGACUGGUGAGGUUGGAGUGUUGUGUAGAGGAGUGUUGUGGUGAGAGGAGAGUGUUGUGUAGAACAUUUUAAACAUGAGAUUUGGUUAAGUGAUGUUAUAUCAAGUCAGUGAUUGGAGUGGCCAUUUUUACUGCAUUAGCUUCUAUUUACUGAGGAUGUAUUUUUCCAGCCACUGGGGCAGCCCCAGUGGCUAGGCCCUUGGCCUCUAUCACUCAUUUAACCUUAGGCCAAACCCCUAGGCCAAACCUUUAAGCCUAAAUAUCUUCACUGCCAUCUCUGGGUGAGGAUAUUUAGGCUUAGAGGUUUAGAGAGCACUAGUCCUCCUCCCACCACCACUUAGUGUUGUCAGAUUUAACAAGUAAAAAUACAGGAAUAUUUCAUGGGACGUACUUAUACUGAAAAUUAUUUGUUGUUUCUCUGAAAUCCAAAUUUAACUGGCUGUCCUCUUUCAUCUGACAACCCUACCUAUGGGGCCAUGCAGUGAUUAAAGGAAAGGCUGACCCAAGGCCAUGCAGUGAUUAAAGGAAAAGGCUGGGGCUUAAAUCUUUCUCCAUCUUCCGUGGAAACCAUUGCUUUUACCUAUUACUUUAUGAUGUUUUCUUUAAGAGAUCAGAAGUAGAACUCAAGUGUGAAAGAUGAGGAAAAUGCUGUCAGAUGAGGUGUAAAGUCUUCACUGAUUGUAAAUUUAGAAGCUGAACUCAGUGAACUCAGAGAUACUGUUUUUAAUUUUUCACUUGAUUGGUGAAGGUAAUUCCAUGUUUGGUCUAAUGAUUAAAACUGGAGAAAGCUGAUGAGGGUCUAUAAGGUACCUACUGUAUGCCAAGUACUGUGCUAGAAUGAAUCUGGAAAAGGCCCAAACUUUCAAAUGAGGGUUUCAGUUAAGAAAUUAAAGAUUCUAAGGCUGUAGGGUUGUUGAGGUGACCCAUCAGAAGAAGCACCAUUGUCCCCAAAGUCUGUUGGCCUAGUUUUGGCAUUGUACAUAACCUUCUGUUGGGAGAAUACAGGGGAGUGAUUUCAGAGAUGUGGAUAUUCAUUCAGUGUCUCUGCCAACCUCAGGAUAGGUGUUUAAGUUUUAUGAUUCUUUUGAAUGGGCUGCAUAGGAGGUUAUUUGCUACUGCUGAAGAAUUGGAUGUCUAAUAAGAUGUAGAUAUUUCUAGGCUCUCAAAAAUCUGCGAGUGCUCCUUGGUGGUCAAACACCCACUUAUGGGCCAUGAUUGCUUUUUAAAAGCUUGCCCACCUGCCCUAUGAAGUUGCUAUGUGGUCUCCCUGGGUGAGUGGCUUGGCCCCCAAAGAUGCCCCAGAGCCACUCAGGAUAAACCCAUCAUGUGCUUGUGUGGUUGGGCUCCAUAUCCAAUCUUGCAUGCCAGCCUUUUCAGAGAGGGACCUGGGGCUUCAGGAGCAAGAGGUGAGAGGGUUGAAGAACUUAUUAUGAGCAAGACUCCCGGUGGGUAAAGUGAGCAAAUAAAAAGUUUUUUCCCUUCCAUUCUUGACCCCAGAUUGGAGUGGGCGGAUCUUUGGAAAGCCUUCUUUCCAAAGCUUCUUGGGAGUUGGAAGUACUUUGGUCCUCACCUCUUUUCAGGAUUGAUCAGGAGAUAAACCCAAGAUGCCUUUUGCUUUUUGGGCAUCUUUGGUUCUGAGCAGCCAAAGGAACUAGACAUUCAUUACUUGGUGUUACUACUUUUGUGUUAGAAAAACACCAUCACCAUUAUCUUUUUGUAUAAAAUUAUCUGGAAAUAUUAAAUAUUUGAAUUAUUUAGCAGGAAUGGGUAUUUCUGAGAUAUCUCACAUUUUGGGGUGCCAUCUUGUGUUCGGACUACUGAUUAAUUCAGAUUAAGCAAUGAAAUUCACUCCUUGUCUGUGUUGAUGUAAAGAAUUUCAAGACUAAUAAUAGUAAUAACAAUACGCAAUUGUGAUUCUAAGCACUUUAUGUUAAAUUAUUUAUUGCAAUAACAUUUUGAAGUAGAAACUAUUAUUAUGCCCACUGUACAAAUAAGGAAAUGGAGGAGCAGAUAAUUUAAGUAAAUUGCCCAAAGUCACACAGCUAGUUGGUGGCAGAGUCAGGCUUUGAACCUAGGCAGAUAGGCUUCUAAACUCUUAACAGUUAUUUUAUAUAGUCAUGUAUGUAUGUAUGUCAGAUUCAAUCUUGCAAGAAGGAUAUUCUCAUCAUGUAUUUAAUUGUGUGUGCCUAUAUAUACCUUUGAAAUCCAAGUUUCCAUAGAGUAUUUAAAAGUAAAUAGCGUGGUAUGCAAAUUGGGAAACAGGUGACUUGGACCUGGAGCUUAGCACCUUGGAAUCUAGAGGUGAGUUAGCAAUCUAGGCUGGAUGGCCCUGGUGGGAAUUGCCUAAAGGCAAUUAUAUGCAGAAUGGGAGAUCCUGGGAGUCCUGAGGGCCACAGGUGGGUGAGGGCCAACUGCAGCCGGGAAGAAGAAAAUGGCAAUAGGGUUGAUAUUAGAAAGGGAAUCCUGGAGUAAGAGAGUUAAUACUCAGGAUGAGAGGCUUAGUUAUAAUGCUUAAGUGCAAGACUACUGUGAAUUGCUUAUGAAAUAUAUCUGCUCAUGUGUCUGUCUACCUAUCUCUUCAAAGAAGUUUAAUAAAGUUGCAAAUAAUGCUUACAUAGACUUUAGGGAAAAUUGCACUAUAAUAAUAUGCUGGUUCAUUCACUAAAAACUGACUUUUUUUAGACUCAUUCAUACUAUUUACUUUGUCCACAUCCACAGGGAUGUGAUUUUUUUUUUUUUUUAAACCUGAGAAAUAGCUUUCACCUAGUAAGUGUUUUGAAACUGUAACCUCAUUCCUUCUAAGUUGGAAACAUUCCAGUCUUUUCUGUGAUCAUUGCUAUGUUUGCAUGCUUUGAAUAUGUGCUUAACCUGACUGUCACAAAAGUAGUCUAUAGGGCAGUCAUAGCUUAUUUCUUAAUGGAUUGUGUUUGCCUCCAAUGGACUGAUGUUUGCUUCCGAGAGUGUGUGUGUUUCUGUGUGUGCUUCUGAGUCUCUGUGUGUGCACGUUCAUUUUCUGUAUUCAGUCUGCGUCACUCCCACGGUAAUCACUGUUUCUCAAUGACCUGUGAAGUUGAAAGAUGCAUGAGUGUAAUGCAGUCCGGGACACAGAUGAUCAAACUGAAACGUGGAACCAAAGGGCUUGUUCGCCUCUUUUACCUGGAUGAGCACCGGACACGCCUUCGAUGGCGACCCUCUAGGAAGAGCGAGAAGGCGAAAAUACUUAUUGAUUCCAUUUACAAAGUGACUGAGGGUCGGCAGUCUGAAAUAUUCCACAGACAAGCUGAGGGGAACUUCGACCCCAGCUGCUGCUUCACCAUCUACCAUGGCAACCACAUGGAGUCCCUGGACCUCAUCACCUCCAACCCCGAGGAGGCCCGCACCUGGAUCACAGGCCUCAAGUACCUGAUGGCUGGUAUCAGUGAUGAAGACUCCCUUGCCAAAAGGCAGAGGACCCAUGACCAGUGGGUGAAGCAGACCUUUGAGGAAGCUGAUAAGAAUGGUGAUGGCUUGUUGAAUAUUGAAGAGAUACAUCAGCUGAUGCAUAAACUGAAUGUUAAUCUGCCUCGAAGAAAAGUCAGACAAAUGUUUCAGGAAGCUGACACAGAUGAGAAUCAAGGAACUUUGACAUUUGAAGAGUUCUGUGUUUUUUACAAAAUGAUGUCUUUGAGACGAGAUCUUUAUUUGUUGCUUUUGAGCUACAGUGACAAGAAAGAUCACCUAACUGUGGAAGAACUGGCUCAGUUUUUGAAGGUGGAGCAAAAGAUGAAUAAUGUGACAACGGACUAUUGUCUUGACAUCAUAAAGAAGUUUGAAGUUUCAGAAGAAAAUAAGUUGAAAAAUGUUCUUGGCAUAGAAGGCUUCACGAACUUCAUGCGUAGUCCUGCUUGUGACAUAUUUAACCCAUUGCACCAUGAAGUGUACCAAGACAUGGAUCAGCCACUCUGCAACUACUACAUUGCUUCCUCUCACAAUACAUACCUGACUGGGGACCAGCUCCUUUCUCAGUCCAAAGUGGAUAUGUAUGCAAGGGUGCUGCAAGAGGGCUGUCGCUGCGUGGAAGUUGACUGUUGGGAUGGCCCGGAUGGAGAGCCAGUAGUACACCAUGGCUACACUCUCACUUCAAAAAUUCUCUUCAGAGAUGUUGUGGAGACCAUUAACAAGCACGCCUUUGUGAAGAACGAGUUUCCAGUUAUAUUGUCUAUUGAGAAUCACUGCAGUAUCCAGCAGCAAAGGAAGAUUGCUCAGUACCUGAAAGGAAUAUUCCGAGACAAACUGGACCUGUCAUCUGUUGAUACAGGGGAGUGCAAGCAGCUUCCAAGCCCUCAAAGUUUGAAAGGCAAAAUCCUAGUGAAGGGUAAGAAGUUGCCUUAUCACCUUGGGGAUGAUGCAGAGGAAGGGGAAGUUUCCGAUGAGGACAGUGCAGAUGAAAUUGAAGAUGAGUGCAAAUUCAAGCUCCAUUAUAAUAAUGGGACUACUGAGCACCAGGUGGAAUCUUUCAUAAGGAAAAAACUGGAGUCACUGUUAAAAGAAUCUCAAAUUCGAGAUAAAGAAGACCCUGAUAGUUUCACAGUGAGGGCACUGCUGAAGGCCACGCAUGAAGGCUUAAACGCACACCUGAAGCAGAGUCCAGAUGUAAAGGAAAGUGGAAAGAAAUCACAUGGACGAUCCCUCAUGACCAACUUUGGAAAACAUAAGAAAACUACAAAAUCACGGUCUAAAUCUUAUAGUACUGAUGAUGAGGAAGAUACACAGCAGAAUCCUGGCAAGGAGGGUGGCCAGCUGUACAGACUGGGUCGCCGAAGGAAAACCAUGAAGCUCUGCCGAGAACUCUCUGAUUUGGUUGUGUACACAAACUCCGUGGCCGCCCAGGACAUUGUGGAUGACGGAACCACAGGAAAUGUGUUAUCAUUCAGUGAAACAAGAGCACAUCAGGUGGUUCAGCAAAAAUCAGAGCAGUUCAUGAUUUAUAAUCAAAAGCAACUCACAAGGAUUUACCCCUCUGCCUACCGAAUUGAUUCCAGUAACUUCAACCCUCUCCCCUACUGGAACGCAGGCUGUCAGCUAGUGGCAUUGAAUUAUCAAUCUGAAGGACGAAUGAUGCAGCUAAACCGAGCCAAAUUCAAGACAAAUGGCAAUUGUGGUUAUGUCCUCAAACCCCAGCAAAUGUGCAAAGGUACUUUCAACCCUUUCUCUGGUGAUCCUCUUCCUGCCAACCCUAAAAAGCAGCUUAUCCUAAAAGUUAUCAGUGGACAGCAACUCCCCAAACCUCCAGACUCCAUGUUUGGAGAUCGAGGCGAGAUCAUUGACCCUUUCGUUGAAGUUGAAAUUAUUGGAUUGCCAGUAGAUUGUUGUAAAGAUCAAACCCGUGUGGUGGAUGACAAUGGAUUUAACCCUGUGUGGGAAGAAACACUGACGUUUACAGUCCACAUGCCAGAAAUCGCUUUGGUUAGGUUCCUUGUGUGGGAUCAUGAUCCCAUUGGACGAGAUUUUGUUGGACAAAGAACCGUGACCUUCAGCAGCUUAGUGCCUGGUUACCGACAUGUCUAUUUGGAAGGACUGACAGAAGCAUCCAUAUUUGUACACAUAACCAUCAACGAAAUCUAUGGAAAGUGGAGCCCUUUAAUACUCAACCCCAGUUAUACUAUAUUGCACUUUCUAGGAGCUACAAAGAACAGACAACUCCAGGGUCUGAAGGGACUGUUCAAUAAGAAUCCUAGGCACAGUUCUUCAGAAAACAAUUCUCAUUAUGUACGGAAACGAUCAAUUGGAGAUAGAAUUCUGCGACGCACGGCCAGCGCCCCGGCCAAAGGAAGGAAAAAGAGCAAAAUGGGCUUCCAAGAAAUGGUGGAGAUAAAGGAUUCUGUGUCCGAGGCCACAAGAGAUCAAGAUGGCGUGCUGAGGAGGACCACACGCAGUUUGCAAGCACGCCCUGUCUCUAUGCCCAUUGACAGAAACCUUCUGGGAGCUUUGUCUCUGCCCUUAUCAGAAACAGCAAGAGACACUGAAGGAAAAGAAAACUCUCUGGCAGAGGAUAAAGAUGGCAGAAGGAAAGGGAAAGCAAGUAUUAAAGAUCCACAUUUUCUAAAUUUCAACAAAAAGUUAUCUUCCUCCUCCAGUGCUCUUCUUCACAAAGAUACCAGCCAAGAGGAUGCCAUUGUAUCUACUGCCCACAUGUCAGUCACAGGAGAACAGUUGGGCGUUUCAAGGCCUAAGGGUGGGAGAAUUGCAUCAAAUGCCACAAGUGAUUGCCAGGAAAAUCCCUGUCCCAAUAAUUCUCUCUCCCCAAGGCAGCAUUUGGCUUCUGAUCCUAUAGUUAACCCCACACAAGAUCCGCAUGGUGUGAAAAUCAAGGAAAAGGGGAAUGCCGAGGGCUUUGUGGAAGGGAAAAGCAUCUUGUCAGGAAGCAUCCUUUCUCAUAGCAACCUAGAAAUUAAGAACAUGGAAGGUAGUGGAGGCAAGGGCCGAGCUGCAACAUCCUUUUCUUUGUCAGAUGUCUCCGUGCUCUGCUCUGAUAAACCUGACCUACAUUCAACUGCAAUUCUGCAGGAGAGUGAAAUUUCCCAUCUUAUUGACAAUGUCACUUUAACAAAUGAGAAUGAGCCAGGCAGUUCCAUCUCAGCCCUGAUUGGCCAGUUUGAUGAGACCAACGAUCCAGCUAUCACAGUUGUGUCUCAUCUUCAAAAUACCAGUGUGAUGUCAGAACAUUGUCCCCUGCCUAGCCUGGGCCUAAAAAUGUCCAUCAAGCAUAGUUUUUCCAAGGGAAAAUCCACGUCUUCCUUCCUGUGCUCAUCUCCGGAGCUGAUAGCACUCUCGAGUCCUGAAACCACCAAACAUGCAACAUAUACAGUUUAUGAAGCUACCUGCUCUCCCAUCUCUAAAACCAAACCAGAUGAUGACCUUUCUAGUAAGGCCAAGAUAGGGGCCGUAGAAAGCAGCCUGCCUGGGUCGCCUAAUACUUCUCAUGGCUGGUUACCAAAAAGUCCUACCAAGGGAGAAGACCGGGAAACACUGAAGAGAUGCAGCCCAGCUUCUUACCCUGAUUUGACCCUGGAGGCUGAUCCCACUCUCUGUUUCAAUUCGGGGGAGAGCAGCCUUGUGGAAAUUGAUGGAGAAUCAGAAAAUCUUUCUCUAACAACUUGUGAAUAUAAAAGAGAGGGCACAAGUCAACUUGCUUCUCCUUUAAAACUCAAGUGCAGUCAGGAUGUGGUAGAACACUUGCAGAGAGGUUUGAGAAAUGGCUACUGUAAAGAGACCCUCCACCCUUCUGUCCCUGAAAUAGUCAACAAUAUUCAAGAUGUCAAAACUCAAAGUAUUUCUUAUCUAGCCUAUCAGGGUGCUGACUUUGUGCAUAACCAUCUCUCAAAUUCAGAUGCAAAAAUGUUCCAGACCUGUGUGCCCCAGCAGUCUAGUGCUCAAGAUAUGCAUGUCCCUGUACCCAAGCAAUUGGCACAUCUUCCUUUGCCUGCUCUGAAACUGCCCAGUCCUUGCAAAUCCAAAAGUCUAGGGGACUUAACAUCAGAGGACAUUGCCUGCAAUUUUGAGAGCAAGUACCAGUGUAUUAGUAAGAGUUUUGUUACAACCGGCAUUAGAGACAAGAAGGGCAUGACUGUGAAGACAAAAUCGUUAGAGCCUAUAGAUGCCCUGACGGAGCAGCUUCGGAAGCUUGUGUCCUUUGACCAGGAAGACAACUGCCAAGUGCUAUAUUCAAAGCAGGAUGCCAAUCAGCUCCCCCGGGCACUGGUCAGAAAGUUGUCAUCCAGAAGUCAGAGCAGAGUGCGCAAUAUUGCUAGUCGUGCCAAGGAGAAACAGGAAGCCAACAAGCAGAAAGUUCCAAACCCCAGCAAUGGGGGAGGAGUGGUUCUUAGACACAAACCCUCAGCACCCACCCCUGCGGUGAAUCGCCACUCCACCGGCUCCUACAUCGCAGGCUACCUGAGGAACACAAAAGGGGGUUGCCUUGAAAGCCGGGGCAUCCCAGAGGGGGCAUGCACAGCUCUUCGCUAUGGCUACGUUGACCAGUUUUGUUCAGAUAAUUCUGUUUUGCAGACUGAGCCAAGCAAUGAUGAUAAACCAGAAAUUUAUUUUCUUUUGAGACUGUGAAUUAUGUAAAACUGCAUUCUUAAGGUUUACGAGGUAUUCCGUAGAAUGUCAGAAUUUUCAGUUUUCCGUAAAUAAGUUCCUUGGCUUGGGAAUGAUUUUCAGAUGUAUUUUUAAACUUGUAUUUGGGUCUCCCUCUGACUUCAUGUGUUCUCCCUGUUAAUGUGUUUGUAUAUAGAUUUGGUAACAUUUCCCAUGUAUCUAUUAUGAUCUUUCUCCCUUGAGGUGUUGUAAACUAUAUCAGUAUGAAAUGUGUGCAUGCCCUAGAUGUGAAACUCCUCAGCAGCUCGGGUUAUAAUGUGUGUAUGUUUCACCAAGAUAUCCUUUACUGUGUCCUCAGAUUGCAGUCACAAAUGUAGUCAUUUUUACUCUCUAACUGUUGAGUUGAUUAAGAGACCUUGCAAACAACAAAGGGAUGAAUUCCUUACUUUAAUUUGUUAUCAUUUUUUCUGUGUUUCCCUCUUUGUUGAGAAGUCCAGAUGCAUUUUCUUUUUUGACAUGGAGUCUCAACUCUGUCGCCCAGCCUGGAGUGCAGUGGUGCAAUCUUGGCUCACUGCAACCUCCACCUCCCGGGUUCAAGCUAUUCUCCUGCCUCAGUCUCCCAAGCAGCUGGGAUCACAGGCACCUGCCACCACACCUGGCUAAUUUUUUGUAUUUUUUUUUUAGUAGAGACAAAUUUCACCAUGUUGGCCAGGCUGGUCUUGAAUUCCUGACCUCAUGACUCACCUGUCUCGGCCUCCCAAAGUCCUGGGAUUACAGGUGUGAGCCACCGCACCUGGCCUCCAGAUGCAUUUUUAUAACUCAGUUUUUAAAAACUUAAAAAUAGUUACCUGGCCUUUUAGGAUGUUCUCAUCCCACCCAUAAUGAGAGUUUAAAGGGGAUUGAUAGCCGCUCCCCAUGCCCUCCCCACUUUUUAGAAUAGGCUACGAGAGUAUGAGGAAGAAGGCCGUCUUUUGUACAUAAGGACAAAAUUGUUUGUUUUACAUAAAUUUUGUUACAUAUUUUUGCUAAUGGCUUUGUAUGUAACAAGAAGUCAGUUGCCAAACCACUUGUACUUUUGAAUUUCCUGAUUGAAUUAUAGACUGCAAACAAUGGCUUUCAGAAUGAAGGACUUCCAUCAGACUAAUGAUAAUAGUAGCACAAAUUGAAAACUUCCCCAAAGCUUUCAAAAAAUAUUUUCUCAUAAUAAAAUUCAAGUGAAUAGAUAAUUAGAAGAAACCUUUUUCCUUCAGGGAACGAAGCACUCUAUUUUAGUACUGACAUGCAUUAUUUUCACUGUGAAUUCAUUUUUAUUGCAUGUUCAGAUGCCCCUCUUUUUUUUUUUUGUAACAUUAACUGCAAUGAUGUUCUUCUUGGAAUUCACGAAAAUAUAAUUAAAACACAUUUUUAAACACUGGUGAACUUUUUUUAAAUUGAAAUUCCUAUGACUAUUGAAUAAAAGCACUCAGAGCACUGGGA